CCUUGAGGACGGUCAAUGUUUGGAUUGACAUUCAAGAUGACAGUACGGAAGCAAUGUAAAUACUGGUGUCGCACGUGAAUUAAAAGAACAUCUGUCAUAAAGUAUAAUCAAGUUGACGCCUGAUCAUAAUGACGAGUCACUUAACGCGCAUGCAGUAUGAACAACAAAGGCUGAAUAGUUUGGGUAGAACCGGUAGCUCUUCCUCAUUACGUUCCAGUGAUCCUAUACGUGUUCCACCAACUACUUCAAUCCGUCCUGUAAAUCAGUCCAUGAAUCAAGAACCUACAGGAUCUGUUGUUUCAGGAUCUUAUAUAUCAUCUAAAUCCAGAUCACAAAUUGGUUCAGUUGGAAACGUUUACCAAAAUAUAAUAAAGAGUACAAGGCAAAUGGAUCCAUGCGUUUAUAUGUCAUCAAAUAUGCAGACUGUCGAAAAUGGAUCGACUGUUUUGACUAAUAACAAUAGUAGAACUGGUAGCAUUUCAGGUUAUCAGCCAUCGGUAUUAUUAGCAAAGUCAACUCAAGGUACUCGUUCGCUCUACGCUCCUAGUCAUUUUAGAAUGUCAAGAAGCUUAAAAGCUUCCAAAGCUUCUCUGGCAACAUAUAAGAGUGGUAGAACAACAAUACAAGCUGAACAUCAUGAUCGUAAAGUCCAAAGAGAAAUAAAUUCAGUUAAGUUUGGUCGAGCAAAAAAACUAUAUUGGAUUGCAGUUGGAUUUUAUAUAAUGUUCUUACUGGUACUAUUCAUCGGUCUACUUAUCACAUGUUUACGGCAUGUUUACAUGAAUAUAAUCUUGUCAUUAGAUAUUGGUGAAUUAACUGGUCCUUUACUAAUUGCGUGUUCAUUUUUAUUCUUUGGUGCUGGAAUGAAAUUUUACUACGAUGCCUAUCGACUUGGCUCUGAAGAACGUAAACUCAUUAAGUAUAAAGCAGCUAGUCCAUCUACAGUAGCUGUAACCACUGUUGACCAACGAGUGACAGAUGGAGACGAAAAACUUGUCAGUGGACAAACAUCGAAAAAUGCUUUAAGUCGUGCUCCAAUCGGCUCAAGAACAACAUUAAUUAUGCCUUAAGCUGGAUAAUAAGCUUGAAAAUGGUGGACAAUACGUUAGUUUCAUUCACUUUUUUCUACUGUUCUAAUUUCCUUCCCUUUCAAUCUUUAUGGUAUGUAAUGUAAAAAAAUCUUUUGUAAAUUUUUAUGUAGAUUGUUUGAUUUCACAUAUCCUAUUUCUGAUAUAUUAACUAAGAGCAACGAAGAUAAAUGAUUGUUCACAUUGGAAAGUUAUUUUAAUACUAACGUUCAAUAAACAUAGACCACCAAAGAGCAUAUAUCACCAUUAUUAAUUUUUUAAAAAUGACUAGUGGCAAGAAAUUCUAUUCUUUUAAUACUUAAUUCACUAGUUACAUACCAACUUAAAUCAACAACUGUUUUUACUUAAAACGAUAUGUGCUAAUAUUUCAUCUUGAUAACUAAAAUCCACAAGACGGUUAUAAUUCUUAGCUUAUAUUUAGAACUAGUCUCUUGAUUGAAAUUCGUCUAUUAUUUGACGUCUUUACGUGAUUUAAAAUUGUAGGCAGUUUAUUUAUCUAAAACAAAAUAUUUAAUACAUUAAACUAUCAUGAAUUUAAAGAUAAAUAUGAUAUCUCCAAUAAAUAUGUUCAUUAUUUUUCGA